UAAAACAAUUCUAGAGCCUCACCUUCACUUUCCCCAAUAUAUAAGCUCUUGUAAUUCAAAGUGUAGCUCAAAUUUUACCGCGCAGCCAAGCUUCCCCUGUUUCUUCACAGUCGUUUUCAUGGUAUCCCAUGGCAUCUCUUUCUUCUAUUGCAAGAAGGCUCUGUAGGAACCAUCCCUUGCAAUUCCAUCAACUCCGUCACCUCAUCUAUUUCCAAAUCCCCGAUUCGCCCUUUCAGGCAUUUCAUCGAACAAUUUGUCUGCAUUCUCAGGCUGCUCGUCAAUUCUCAGCUCUUCCAUCCGUUUCUCAAAAAGAUGGCCACCCAUUUCACUUUGAUACAGGAAGAUUCCAAAACUAUCGCCCAAAUGAUGCGCGUAAUGCUCAAUUCGUCGAAUUGCUCAAACGGGUCGCCCGUUUGCCAUCGGAAGCGGAGGCUGUUGCUGCAUUGGACGAGUUUGAUGUACAGGCAGAUCGGCAUUUGGUGUAUUCGGCAAUUUGGGUGUUGAGGGAUGAUUGGAAAUCGUCAUUUCUAGCGUUCAAAUGGGGUGAGAAAUGGGGAUCUGUUGAUGAAGAGAUUUGUAAUUUGAUGAUAUGGGUGUUGGGCAAUCAUAAGAAAUUCAGUACUGCAUGGUGUUUGAUUAGAGAAUUGCAUGGAUCCGUGAUGGAUUCGAGGCAAGCGAUGCUUGUUAUGAUUGAUAGGUAUGCAUAUGCAAACGAGGCAAGUAAGGCUAUUAAGACAUUCCACAUGAUGGAGAAAUUUAGAUUGACUCCGGAUCAAGAGGCUUUUCAUGCGCUCCUCAGUUCUCUCUGUAAAUAUGGGAACAUCGAAGAAGCUGAAGAGUUUAUGUUUGUAAACAAGAAGCUUUUCCCUUUGGAAACAGAAAGCUUCAAUAUUAUUCUCAACGGCUGGUGCAAUGUAUCUGUUAAUGUGUUUGAAGCAAAAAGAAUUUGGAGAGAAAUGUCUAAAUGUUGCAUUUUGCCAGAUUCAACUUCUUACACCCACAUGAUUUCCUGUUUUUCGAAGACUGGAAACCUUUUUGACUCGCUUAGACUCUAUGAUGAGAUAAAGAAAAGGGAUUGGGUUCCAAGCCUUGAAGUCUAUAAUUCUUUAGCUUACGUGUUGACACGGGAGAAUUGCUUCAGUGAAGCUCUCAAAAUCCUUGAGAAAAUAAAAGAAAUAGGUUUGCAGCCAGACUCCACUACAUACAACUCACUUAUAAGUCCUCUGUGUGAGAUGGGAAAGCUGGACGAAGCAAAAGAUGUACUGACCAUGAUGACUGAGGACAAUAUCGGUCCAACGAUCAAAACCUACCAUUCUCUUAUUCAGGGUGCAGAUUCUGAAAUGAGCUUUGAACUUCUUAAGCAGAUGAGACAUGAUGGUUUAGGUCCUACAGAGGCUACCUUUGUUAUAAUGUUUAACAAGUCAUUUGAACUAGAACAACCGGAUUAUGCAUUGAAGACAUGGGUAGAAAUGAAGCGCUACAAGGUAUUGCCUAAUUCCGAACAUUACUCAAUCAUGAUACAAGGCCUUGCAACAUAUGGUCUGUUAAAACAGGCCAGAGAAUUAUAUGACGAAAUGACAUUGCAUGGAUUUAUCGCACAUCCAAAGAUUAAAAUGCUCCUGAAGGAACCAGACUUUGGUGGCAUUGAAGAAGCAAGACAGCAAGUGAGACAUAACAAGAAAGAUAAGUUCUUUUCUCAUAGAAAAGUGAGCAUGAUGAGAUGGAAAUCACAUAAACAACAAUCUACAGAGGAUGCAUCAUUUGAGUAGCUGGAAGAGGAGAGCACUCGCAUGGGCUACUAAGGAGAAAAGAUACGACAUCGUUUUUAUUCUAUUUACCUUUUUGCCUCUUUUGAAGGUAUAGGCUGUUUACUGUUUAGUGGUUGGAUGACGAGAAAGGUUAAUUCCCAGUUGUCCUUUUUGUAGCUUCAUUUGUUGGAAUUGGCCAUGAUAAAAGCUCAUAAAUUCACUAGAAGUGCAACCUUUUCAAGCAUGGAUAGAGUUAUAAGGAGCCUUUUUUGAAUUAAGAGAAUAUUUCGAGCUUGUAUCGAUUAAGGUUGAGAAGCUUUUGUUUGGAUUGUAUGGAUGAAUAAGUAAAAAAGGGGGUUAAAUUA